AUGUCGUCUUCACCAACUCGAUCCUCGUCCUCCUCGAUGAGGACGACAGGGCAUCUCAGCAUGAGCCGCCUGUGCGUCAUCGGCCCCCACAUCUCGACCUCCGCUUUGGCAAUCACGAUUCCUUGUCGUCCCAGCAGCUCGCCCAGCAAAGGAUUCGCUCUGCCAAUUGGAACGCAACCACUCAUCCUCCUCCCAAACCUCGUUCCACAGCUUGAACGCUACAUUCGAUCAACCACGGGAACCUCGCAUGCUGAUCUCGAUGUCAGUGAUAUUGUCGGCAGGCCCUCCCGCCACGCACGGCAAGCUCAACUUCACAUCGGCCUAUUUCACCUCUGGACGAGAACGAACUGUCACAGGUUGUCUCCCGGAGGGAAGGAAGUGUCGGCGAUUCCUGGCCCUCGGCACCAAUGCUAUCGCACCCCCAGCAUCAUGAGAUCAGUCCCUGGCUAUUUGACGGCAAUGAGGCCUCCAAGCCGCCCACCGUCCUCGUGCCAAUACGGGCAGCGAGCGCGGCAACUAUGCGCCCUCCUCUUCCAUGGCUCCGUUGCUCCUAGUUCUCUCAAGCCUUCGCAGUCUAUAGCCUCCUUUCGCCCCAACACCCCACCCUCGGCUAGCACAUCAACUAGCACUCUGGCCGGACUUCGGGAGACCCCUCCGGCCAGUCAUCACGGCAAAAAGUCCAAGAACCCCUUCCAUUUCCUCAAGAAGAAGUCACCUCGGUUCUCAAAGACAAUCAGUCGGCCACUCAAAUCACGAGACGCUGUCGUCGUCGGCUUCAUCCGUGCGACCCCAGACCGCGAAUCAGAUUCCACAGCCGCUGCGACCAGCCUUGGCUCGAUUCGAGCCGUUCUCUCAUCUCACUUCGCCGUCCUCAGCCUCAUUACGGCCGACACACCCUCUUCUAUCCCGCCGGCGUUUUCAGUUAAUCCAUGGAUAUCAACUCUUGCCACUCGCCAGGAUAGCAUGCCGCAAGCUUUCAGCGGAGAAGAGCAAGAUUACGAUCUCCGCGCUGCCGAGGCCAUGCGCAAGGAGCGCAAAAAGAUGCGUGGCGUGCUCCCUCACAUGGUCGAGAGAGGGAAAAGUCGCAACCACGACGACCCUGAUGGUGGUCGCGAAGGAUCAAAUGGUAAUACUCAGCUGCAGGCGACGGGUCUAGACGUGGAGCUGUCGCUAGACACCAACUUUGAUCAGAUUGAUGACAUCGUCGACACGUCUAUCGCACGCAACCGACAGAUGGGUGGCUCAAUGAACGAUGGCACGUUGGCCUCCAGCCCAUCAGCCUAUCUCGAUUCGGCCAAUAGCAGCGAUACAGCGCUCGUUCGCACCCCGUCCUCCUCGUACUCAUCACUGGCCGACCAGCGUCAGGCCUCGCUGAGUUCCACCUUGGCUAGCUCGCAGCAGUCGAGUGAAUCGGGCAUGCGUGGCUCCGUGCGCUCCUCGAGGUUUUGCGCUGCCCUCACCACCUGGCUCGCAAGCGGGCUUCGCUCUGCUGAUGGGCGGCCGUUGCAGAUCAACAUCAACCGGCCGGGUCUCCGUCGCAUCAGCCUAGCUGAGGCGCAGCAGCACCAGCAGCUGCGCCGCGUUUCCACGAGCAUGCGAGACAUUGGCGAAGGCGUCUCUCCAACGUCGUCGUCGCCCAACCUUCCACGGAGAGCUCAUCCGGUGCGGCAGAGGCUGCAAAAGAUGUCAACGGAGGGGCCAAAGUGGCAUGCUAUCAGUCUUGCUGAUGUGCGCAAGGGCAGCAUAACUUCGGCACACAGUACGCGUUCUCACCACAGCGGCAUCUCUCCAAAGACUUCGUACGCCGACCUUCCGGCCGCAUUCCAUGAUCGAUCUAGGCCUGCAGGUGGAUGGACUCCUGGAUCCGACAACAUUAAUGGUCGUGGAGCCCAACUACCAUUUCCCCCCCACAGAUCCGUCAUCAGCAGCUGCACUCGCAAUGCGGAAUCUAGUGCCAGCUCUGCUGGCCAGGCGGCCAGCUCAAGCUGGAUGGCACCAGACUCUUCAGUACAGCCGGACCAAGCGCGCGACUAUCUUCGUGAUGAUAAUGUAGAUGGAGAAGGGGAUGACGAUGAUGACGACCAAGACGCUGGCACUAGUGUCGUCCGUGAUCGCAGGGGCUCAAGCUCGGGAUUGAGUGCCGUGACUAACCCAGGCAUGUACCGAUCCGGCUCCUCUGAUCCCUAUUACAAAGCUGCAUCGACUGGAGGAUCCCGUCGAGGCACAGAAGAGUCUAUCGAUCCCAAAUCGAUCGUCUCAGCGAGACAUCCAAGCACGCAGGAUUCGACAACAGUGGCAGUGUGGAAUUCUCGAGACCGCCCAUCCGAUUCCCUCACCUCAGCUCCCCAGGUCCAACAAAGCUCCUCUGGCCGGCCCUCGUCCCGAGGAGGAUCGCUGGCUGCUGCAGGAGCCCACGCUGCUGCCGCUGCUGCAGGCAAGCUGGGCUUACAUCGACCAUCCAAGCAUCGCUCUACCCCCCGCCCCAAUACUGCCGGCUCGAUCGGUGCCGCUCGUUCCCGCAGGCGAGUCUAGCCCCAGUUCCGACCGUUACCGAGGACGACCUGCUAUCUCCAACCUCACCAAACGCGAGUCAGGUGCAAUUCGGCGUCCGGCACAGGCGGUGGCACCCCUACUGGCAAGAAUCACUUCAUCCGAAUCUACAAGACAGACGACUCGUUUGCCACCUUGUCAUGCUCGGUGGUUUCGACAGCGUCCGAGGUGCGCACCAUCUUGGCACGCAACCUGACGAAUGAUUCUGGCGCAUUCCGUCUCUUUGUACGACAAGGGCUCCGAAAGACCCUGGGUAGUUCGGACAAGCCGGCUCAGCUUCAGCGUCGUCGUCUGAUCCAAGCUGGCUCUGAGGCCGAUGGCCUGGAGGAUCUUGGGAGAGAUCUGUCCUACCUGCUGCGGUUUGUCUUCCGUCCAGACAGUGUUCCCAACUUUGAUUCCGAGUCUUUCGGGAACAGCGAGCACACUUUUCAGCACCUUGAUCCGGGGCGCAACCUGGAAAUGGUUCCGAUCUUCCUCUACCGCCACGCUGACUAUGUGAGCCUGGAUCUGUCAGGCAAUCCUAUGUCAGACUUGCCGCUGGACUUUAUCCAACUGUGCUGCCUGCGUACGCUCAGGCUUUCCAAUCUGGCACUGAAGCGCAUCCCGCAGAGCAUUAAGCACAGCGAGACGUUGACUCACCUCGAGGUGUCGAACAAUCGUAUCUUUGAGCUCGGCCUCGGUCUUGACAGCAUUCCCGAGCUCAAAUCGAUCAAGGUGCAGAACAACCGUCUGUUCGACCUGCCGCCCUACUUUGCCGACAUGAGCACUCUUCGAUACCACAUUUCCAACAACCGUUUUGAGCAGUUCCCCGAGGUCAUUUGCCAAGUGACCUCUGUGGACCUUGACAUUUCGUUCAACGCCAUAACAGCGUUGCCAGCUGAGAUCUCUACUGUUAAUCUUGAGCGCUUCAUUCGCGGCAACUCGGUCGAGGAGUUACCAGAGAGCAUGUCCGCGCUGGUAAGCUUGCGAACGAUUGACCUGCGUCAUUCCGUUCAAGACGUUUCGCCCCUCCUUGGUCUCCCGAAGCUUCAGGUCGUUCAGGCUGAGAACAACACCAAAGCCUUCGAGGCAACGCUGGGAUCGCAGCUCCGAACAAUCGAGCUUCGACACAACCCACUCAGUAAAGUCAAGAUCGCUGCAUUUACGACAUACCUCACUGCGCUCGAUCUGUCCUACAACAUGACCCGGCUUGAAGAGGACCUGUUUCCACAGUUGGCCGCCCUGUCGCAUCUGACAUUGGAUCGCAACCAGUUUAUUGUGCUCCCUGAGACGCUUGGCGAGCUGCAGAGGCUCGAGGUCUUAUCUUGCAACAACCACCUUCUUUCAACCUUGCCUGAGUCGAUCGGCAAGCUCAAGAGGCUGAAACUUUACGUGCACAACAACAAUCUCAAAACAAUGCCCACGAUGUGGGAUUGCGAGAGUCUAGAGUCGAUCAACGUGAUCAAUUUGCUUGAAUCGUUCCCUUCACCUGUCGUGAGAAGAGGGAGCGAGCCGGCUUUGAACGAGGCACGCAAGACGUCCGCCAGCUCAGCGACUACGACCGCCAAGACAGCAAUGGCCGAAGCUGUAGCGCACGCCGCCGAAGUCGCGCCUCUGUCAAGGAGCUUGAAGAAGCUGCGCCUUGGAGACAACCGACUUGGCGAUGACGUGUUCAGCGUGCUCUCAUUCCUUUCGGCUCUCGAGGUGCUCAACCAGUUCAACGAGAUCUUCGAGAUUCGAACUGCGGACUUUCAAAACGUCCAUCUGCGAGAGCUGUACGUUAGCGGCAACGACCUGAGCAGCAUUCCCGACGACCUCGAGUAUCUCCAAGAGCUGAGGAUCCUCCACCUCAACGGCAAUAAGCUCCAGACACUUCCUGCCGCUGGUCGCAUGGGCAAUCUUGCCAAUCUGGAUGUCGGCAACAACAUGCUCAAGUACAACAUUGCCACGCACUACGACUGAACUGGAUUCUCGAAUCCAGAGCUGCGGUACCUCAACCUGUCUGGUAACAAGCUUGAGAUCAAGUCAAAGCUGACUGAUGUUGGCGGACGUCGCACGAACAUGGCCGAUUUCAACAUUCUGAAGAACCUCCGCUUGCUGGGACUGAUGGAUGUCACCAUGCCGCUCCAGUCGAAUGCGACGCCGGACGAGUCUGACAACCGCCGUGUGCGCACUUCGCUAUCACAGAUCAACAACAUGGCUUACGGCAUCGCCGACGCGCUCGGAAAGCACGACAACCUGAGCAUCGAUCUUGUGGUACCCCGCUUCCGCAAGGAUGACAACGAAUGUCUGUUCGUAUUGUUCGAGGGCCGCGGUCACGACUCGUAUGUUGGAAGCCGUAUCGCUCGUUAUCUGGCCGAGUAUUAUUAUUAUUACCAAUCAUACUGA